GGUCACCUACAAGAGAUAAAUUAGGAAAUGGCUACAUUUACGGUUUCACUGCUGAGGACUUGUAAUAAAUGCAGGCAAAUAAUAAAACCCUCGUUAUCAUUUGCACGCAACACAUAUCUUAAUUCGAGACUUAAGGUAAUCAUUAAUUUAUAUAAGUGAGUUGAAGUUUUUACUUGGGUAUAAUAAUUAGUGAAUCAAAUGUCCUGUUUUUGUAAUGUCAGUCAGUGAUGAGAGUCGGUGAGACUCUGACUCUGAUGAGAGUCUCACCACACAGACUCUCAUCAUCAUUGUUAUUGUGACAGUCAUUGUCACUCAGUCAUACUCAUCAUACUCAUAGUUACUUCAGAAAAGCAAAAGAGACUACUUCAACAUUUGUAGGUGAAAUAGGCGUUUGCGCAGAAGAAUCCAAGGCUAAAUCUGAGGACGAAUGCCACAGCGUCUUUUGGGUGUUUAUAGUUGCAAAAAUUAGGUAGCUACUUGGAUAAAAUUUUCAAGUUGAAUGAAUUAAGAAAUGAACACAUCUCUAAUAUCGCCCUGGUUAAAUGAAGUAAUAAUAUGUUUUCAUGUAGCCCUUUGCCUUUUGGUUAAAAAUUUAUGAUUUUUUUUGUGAAUAAAAAAUCACUUUCAUAAUAGGCCUAUAGAGUAGGGACCUCGGUAUCGACCGGAAAUACCCGAAAAACGGGUAUCGUAUUUUCGUUGUCAUUAUGGCGACCUCUACUUUUUAAUUUACUGAGGGUAUCGUUGUUUCGCGUUCAUAAUCGAUUUUUAGCAUAAUAAUAUAAUUUUACUUCCGCCAAUUACUUAAAGCCGACAUCUUUCCUGUUAUAUUAAGAGUUCGUUUGAUUUUUUGGGUCAAGAUUAAAGCUUUGAAAAUUGAAGUUAAAAAUUGGUCAAUUGAAUAUCAGUGAUUUUAAUUUUUGGGUUGGUUGCCAUGGACCUGGCUGACACUGACAUGGGAAUGAUAAGCUCUUGUCUUUGACUUAGAUAGUGAUAGGCUUAGUUUAAGUAUUAUAAUAGUAUUUAUACUAUUAUAAAUGAUUUAAGGAGUGGGAUAAAUAGCUUUUAUUACAACUAAUAUAUUUAUCAUUUAUAUUAGUUUAUAUAUUUAUAGAUAAAUAUUUAUUUGUAUAUAUAUAUUAUAUAUAAUGACCAUUAUGCAUUAGGCUAGAGGCCUUGUAUACAUAUAAUAUAGUAUAAUACAAAGUUUACUAUAUCAGGGUUAAGGCCUAGACCCAACCCAACUAACUUGUAGGGCCUAUUAUAAUAAAUUAUAUUUAAUGAUAUUUUAGGAUAUGUAAUAAAAUUUUAAUGAAUAUUGUGAUUCUUACUUAAGGCAAAAACUAAGUAAAACAUUUUGAAAUAUUCACUUACCUUUGGUAUUGAAAUAUCCUAUAUUUAAUCACAUAUCACAAUAUUCCACAAGAGAAUUAUUAUAUAAUCCUCGGUUUCUCAAAGAAAAAACACACUUUCUGGCACUACAAUCCAAGAAUUACUUAAGAUAUAAUAACCUGUACUUACCUCUAGUAAAUGACUAGAACUUAUUUUAUUAACAGCUAAAGUCAAAGUUGAUUCUAAUAAUACAUGUGGAUUUGUAAAACAAGAUUACAAACUUAAAAUAAAUGACAUGCUGAUUGUUUUGUCAUACUCAUAGGAAUAAUAUAAUAUAUAGUAUACAUAUGUAGAAAAUGGUAAAAUAAAAAGUGUAAUUGUCAAUUUUAAAUAAAUAAAACAAAUAAUCCCUUUAUUAUUUGUUUAUGCUUAUAAAUGCUAAACAAUUCCACAGAAAAUCUGCAAUUAAUAUCUAAAGAAUAAUAUUAUUAUUAUGAUUUUUGGGAAAUUAAAAACAAAAUUAAAACAAAAUUUUAAUUAAUUAAUUACAAAUAAGUGAUGAGUCAGCAUUUUUAUACAUUUUUAAUAGGCAAAUAAUAAAGUUGUUUUUUUAAAUAUUUGCGGCACAUUAACAAAAACUAAUGUAUAUUUUGUGGCUUUAUUUAGAAGUACUCUUAUUUAACUAUGUUCCCUGUAAAUAUUAUAUUUUUGUCUCAUUUUAUAAUAAAGUUAUAGGCGUUUAAAAAAAAGCAAAAUGAGGGUCACAAAUGUGGAGGAAAAUCCCAUAGUAAAAAAGUGGUUUUGAGGUCCCUACUAAAAAAUUCAUAACUUUUGAACCACUUCAGCUAGAAAGUUGAUCUUGGUGUUUUUGUAAUCUAUUCUCCAGGCUCUAUACAGCUGUAGUAUUUUUAUAUUUUUAAGAAUGUUUUGAAAUUUUCAUCAAAGUGGCUACUAUAGAGUGAGAUUUGUGACCACUUUUCAAAAUUUUUUUACAAAAAGGCUCAUAACUUAUAGCAGAGUGGACAAAUGAUAUGAAACUUUCCAGAAGUUUUCAUCAUCGUAUUAUCACAUCUUUGUUGCUUUGAAAACUUAAAAAAUUAAAUAGAAUAUUUUAAAAAUAUUUUUUUAAUGUCAUUAAAAAACUUUUUAAAAAAAUAAUUAAAAAAAUAAUUGAACAAAAUUAAUUUAUUUAAAUACAGGAAAUAUAAUAGAGGCAAAUUUACUAUAAAAAGUAUGAUUUAAUUUGAAAGGGAGCAAGAUCUGAUAAAAUAUUUGUUAAUAUGUCUAAUAUUGUAUAGAUAUUACAAUAAAACCUAAUGUUAAUUAAGAUGGAACUUGAUUGAUUUAUGAAAUUAUAAAAUGUCAUUAGCUUUCUUAUCUGUCAACUAGUGACAAAUAAUACUGUUUCCGGUUUAUUACUUUCAUUUUCCGCCAAUGUUUUUGUGGUUUUAGAGACUUGAAAUUUUACAUGGUCAUUUUUUAUACAAUUUUACAGGUACACCAGGUCGAUUUAAAUUGGGACAACGAAUAGUUUUCAAAAUAUUGAUAAAUUAGACUUGGCUGCUUUGUCACAUUUUUUUUAUUUACGACAUACUGAUAUUACUGAAAACAAAAUGGAUUUCGUUAAAGCCCGUUCAUUAACGUAACUAGAACAGUAAUUCGUUCGUUGAUCUGACGUUUCUAGUGCGAAAAAAUAAUUUUUUAGUGACCCUAUCAUCCAGCACACCCAAAAAAGCGUCUCAAAAACCCCAUGGGCCGCGAUUGCGUCAAAAUAGCCUCAUAUCCAAGUACCUAGUUUAGGCUAGGUUGAGGAAUCAAUUUAGGGUUGAGGUUAGGCCUAGGGAUCGAUUUAGGGUUCAGGUUAGGCAUAGGGAUCGAUUUUUUAGGGAUACAUUCGUGAAAGAAUUAACUGGUUGCAUCAACCAAGAUGGCGGCAUUCGUCCUCGUAAUUUACCUAAUCAAAGUUUUUAAUUUUUAGACGUUGUUGAUUUUCCAUUAAUAAAAGGACUAUUUUGUCAUAAAAUUGUGGUAUCCUUCUGGUGACUUCCGACCACAUUCACAUGUUCACAAUUUAUAAGGAGAUAGACAUAGUUCAUUCAAUCAUAGUGUUGAGUUGAGGGCACUCCUCAGAACGGCAGUCCCAAAUUAAAAAUAGAAUAUUAUUUAAAUUGUGCGGCUACCAGCCUAAUAGCCGCCCAUAAUUGGUGACAUAUUUUUUUAAUGUCUAAUGAGUCUAAUGCUCUAUUUAACUUUAUUCAUUUUUUUUUUAAGGUCGCGAUCUUCAUUAGUAUUAGCCUCUUCAUCAUCAUGUUCUCCUGAAAAAAAAAUAAUUUUUUUUUUAAAAAGAAGAACAAAAUGAAAGACAAUGUAAGAGAGAAGCGAAAGUUAUCUUUGUUGGAAUGCUGUUUUGUAUUAAGAUAAUAUUCAGCAAGCCACGGUCACACUAACCAAAGCAUACAGUCCUGAAAAAACAUUAUUUGUAAUAUGAACUGGCGCUUGUGGUCUGCCGGCCAUGGUAUUGUUUAUUUUAUAUUACUACAAGCAAUAAUUAGUCUGCAAACAAAAUUUGAAGUAAAAAAUAUGUCACCGAUUUUAGGUGGCUGUUAGGCUGGUAGCGGACACUUUCUAACAAAAAGUAUUUUAUUUUUAAUUUACGGACUUUUGUUCUGAGGAGUGCCGCCAUUUUUUAUCAAUCUUAUUUUUAGCAAUUCAUAUUUGUAUAUAAGGCAUCUUUCCCUCAAAAAUUUUUAUGUAGAUUUAAAUAUGUCUUUCAUAUUAAUUUCUAUUAAGUUUAAAGUAUCAUAUAUUGAUGUUUCGCCAAUUCUCAUUGACGUAGGCAUUGUAGGUCAUGUCCGAUGUUCGAUAUACUUGUCCCAGUAACGUGUAUUACCAUAAGGUUUCUCAGCCUAAUUUCAACAUGGCGUGGGCUAUGCCCCCAUUUUAAUGACGGAAGCUGCAGAUACUUAGGAAAUAUUCAAUUAUUACCACUAUUUAUCAAAAUAUUUGAUAACUUGUGUUUUAGAAUGAACCUUGAGGUAAUUUUUAAAAAAUAUGUUUUAAUUUAAGGUCUAAAAUCCCGGUAGAGUCCAUAUUAUAAAUGAUCAUAAUUUGCUGUGUGCAAAUCGUUGUCAUGGGCAGCCAUUCACAGUCACUUGCAUAAUGGCUAAGCCAUAGUACUAGCUCAGAGUUUCUUUCACAAGAGUUUGUCAUGUGCAAAAACGAUUAAACCAUUUUUCAGGGAAAGCUUUAAUUAAUUAUUCAUCUGCCAAAAUUGAAAAUGCAAAAUAAUUUGUCCCUUAACAGUAUUUUAGUAAUAAGGGAAUGCGUUGCCUUAUGUAAGCUAUAUAGUCAAUGCCCAUAACAGGAUCAGCGGAAUGAGAUCACAAAAUAUCGAGGUUUCGUCCAUAGUAUAAAAUUUUAAACGAACUCACACUUUAAAAAUUUGUACCGGUAGCUCAAAAAGUUAUUUAAAUAUAUUAUAUAGGUAUUUAAAUUAAAAACAUAUGCUUAAGUCAUUGGGACCGGAGCCCAUUUUCAAUGCAAGUAAGUACAUAAAAUAUUUCUAAGCUAUACUAUGAAUGCCAAUAAAAAAAAUUAAAGCCUAGCCUUAGUGCCCUUAGUCUCAGCAUUUUCUAAAUCAGAAAAUUUGUUUGUCAAAAAUCCCUAUCAGUGAGUACCAAUCUAUUAAUUUUUUUCCUUAUUAUUUAUUUAAAUUUGGUCAAUGCAAAUGGAUCCUAAUGUAUGUCCAAUAAAAAACAUAGGCCUAUAUUAUUAUAUUACAGAAAAGAUAGUCUAUAAUAUAUACAGCCAACAUUGCCAUUGAUGUGCAUCCUGCAGACAAUGUGGUUUAAAUUUAGGUUAGAAGUUAAAAGUUAGAUUGAAAGUGCUAAAAUAUUGGAAGUCUGAAAAACAAAUUCCGCUAAAUUCUUAGAAAGUAAGUUAGUUCUUUAAAGCAUAAAAUAAUCGUAUAAAACCUUAAUAAUUAUGAAGACUAUAUGUAUUUACAAAAGGUACAUAGGAAAUAAUUUAUUUAAAAUUUGAAUAUUUAUUCUUGAUAGUUUGUAGUCAUUAUAUGAUUAUAUGCGUCACUGAUAAUUUUUUAUGAAUAAUUAUGAUGCACCAUGUUAUCAACUGAAGUUUUAAUACAAGUAGGUCAUAGAGUGUCUUGCAGUUUUAAAUCACUUGAUUAACUAGUUACAAAUGAUACAUUUUCAUUUACAGUGUGAACAAAAUGUGAGAUUACUCACUACAGCACCACCCCCUUUAAAUAAUUCAUCACUAAAUGAGGAAAAUGUGGCAGAAAAGCCAGAUUACCCGACAGACUUUGAAGUGUCUUAUGAUGAGUUCAAAUAUGUGCUGCCGCUUCUCCCAAGGCCGACUGUACCUGAAUUACCCAAGCAUGCCACCUUCCCAACUCCUUCUGGUUGGUUUCCACCAAAUGGUAAUGUCAAGUUGAUUCAUUUAUACUAAUUUAUAGCUAAGAGAGUUGUAGCUUGUUGUCUGACAGUGAGUGUCCAGCAUAAAUACAGUUUAUUGGAAUCUCAUUGAGUUGGUGGUCUCAUGAUACUAUAGUAGCACAUUCAGAAUUUUUCGUAUCUGAGGUCACUCUUAUUUGUCAGAUGAAUGAAAUAGCGAAACGAGGUAUGUGGAAGCUUGAAUAAGAGAACAUGACAAAAAACAAGGACGUUUCGGCAUAAAGCCUUCUUCAGCUAACAGUAGAAAUGAAAAUAAAACAAAGAACAGAGCACAGUAGACAACUCAAGAAGUAUCCAUUCGUGUCGCCGGAAGUGGGAACACAGGAAGCGAGAGAAUAUAAAUAUUAACACUGUGAAAAAUGAAGUCCACAAUAAUAAUGGACCAGAAUAUUCAGGGAUACAUCAACACACAGCAAUUAGAAAAUAGAUGAAAUAUAGGGAAACAGAGAAACAUUAGUAGGAUUUUUUUUUAUUAAUACCAUAUGGAGAUAUGGGGCCAAACAGCUGAAUAAAUUUAUUUUCCAUUUUAACCCUCUUUGGUGUGUUACUGCGUGAAAUCAGUGCCGUAAUGGUCACAUCCAAUGCACCUUUAUGUUCUUUUCUGUUAAGCUUGAAUGCAGUCCUUAAAUUUAUAUUUUAUUUGUCAGAUAAUGGACACAUUGCCUUAGGCGCAUUAUGGGAAAGAUUUCUAACGGUAAAAAACCUUCUUUAAUCCCAGUGAAACUGAGAUGUGACCUUAGUAAGGCAGCUACUCUUUCUGGGGAGUAAGCCACCACAGUUAGAAGACUUAACCCAACUUGGCUUGGGAGUAAAAGAUACUUAGUGUUAGAAGACUUAACCCAACAUGGCUUGGGAGUAAAAGACACUUGGUGUUUUGCUUUUAUAUUACAAAAUGAAACAGUACAACAAAAUAUCUCAUAGACAUUGAAAAUUUGACAACACCCAAAUCUUCAUAGAACAUGUAUGUUGUGUGUUUAGACAUAUCAAAUGUCAUUAUUCAUAAUUCUAAUAAUUGAACAAAUUUUUGUCAUUUUUCUUUGUUUUUACAGAAGAAUUAAUAGCCAAACAGACAUUUUUGAUUCGGCGAACAAAAAAUCAUUUACUCCCUGUUUAUCCUGAAUUAAAGAGAGUUCAGGUGGGGCCCUAUAAAGCUAUCAAGCACUCUGUCAUCAUUCGUAAAAUUGAGGGAGACAUCUGGGUAAGUUAUGAUAAAUGUAAAAACUUUAUUUCAACGUUUAUGUUGAAAGUUGGAGUCAACAAUACAAUUUUACAAUGUUACCAUAUCAGAUGACCUUUCCUUUGUAAUGACCUUUCCUUUGUAAAACCAUAUCAGAUGACCUUUCCUUUGUAAACCCAUAUCAGAUGACCUUUCCUUUGUAAAACCAUAUCAGAUGACCUUUCCUUUGUAAAACCAUAUCAGAUGACCUUUCCUUUGUAAAUUUUGUGUAGGCGUGAUGUCAUAAAAUUAAGAUGGAGUAAAAGAGCUGCACAAGUCUAGUCAUGUUUUAUAUUGAAUCUUGCUGUGAGAUUAUAUUGCCAAUGUUGCAACAUCAAAACUUCCAGGAUUUUAUGUUAAAUACUAGUAUUAUUAGUAUUAUCUCUCAGAAAUUCAAACUAAAAGUUUGAUGAAAAUGGAAUUAAAAUUUAAUUGCUUACAUUUUUUCAACAUUCAGAGAUUGAGUUUUCAAAAAGUCUGAUUGAUAUAUUUGUUAUUUUAAUUGUGAAAGUUGGCUGUCAUAAAAAAAUUAAAUGACAAUGGGUUUAGCUAAUUGUAUUACAAAGGCGGUGGGCUAUAGCUGUAUAUGGUACAUUUAACAUUGAAAGAUUUAGUUAGUUUACCUACAACAACUGCGUCAUCAAACUUCUGCGAUUCCUCAACAGGCUCUUGAAGCUGAACUGCGAGAAUACUUGCUAGAGAAGACCGGAUUAAAAGUGAUCAAGACCCAAGUGCAUGAAGUUGGACGAUUCAUCCGUAUACGAGGGAUGCAUAGGCCUCUUGUUGCCGAGUUUAUGUUUGAGAGAGGCAUGUGAAGGGUUGCCUCAGUCUGGUCCUCAAUGUUUUAUCUUCAUUAAUAUUUACACACCAUGUUAACUGUGUUAUUGUAUAACAAGCUGCCUGUUAACAUGUUCAUAAAACUUGCAUAAAUAGAUUGAAAAAUGUUGCAGUGUUUAUUUUAUUGAUAUCAUCCCCCAAUAUUUUAUGACCUUCACUUUUUUAUGUUUUUUUCUGAUUAAAAAAUGUAACCUGACAAAGCUAGGUCAUCAGGGUCAAGGUUAGUUCUGGGCAAGCUUUGGUGUGUAAUGAAUUGAAAGAAAUAAGAAGUACACAGCAUGUGUAGGCCUGACAACACGCAGAUGAACAAACAAAAAUGAGUCUAAUGAUUUCAAUUGUUUUUCCGGUAAUCUUUACUGUCCUGCUUGUCCUCAUCUGUUUUGGCAGACAUGGUAAUGAUGUUGCCAUACUUGUCAGGCUUUCUCAUCCUGCCAUCUUCAUCAUCUAAACACUGACUAAAUAGUGGGGUUUUUUAUUUAAAAAACCAACCAUUUUUACUUGCUUUAUUAUUAGUAGUGACACAUCCUGUUAGUAGUGACAUAUCCUGCUUUAUUAGUAGUGACAUAUCCUGCUGUAUUAGUAGUGACACAUCCUAUUAGUAGUGACACAUCCUAUUAGUAGUGACACAUUCUUUUAGUAGUGACAUAUCCUGCUUUAUUAGUAGUGACAUAUCCUGCUGUAUUAGUAGUGACACA